GGAGAAAACACAGCGAAAAAGAUUCCUUUUCAGCCCUCAAUUGAGACAUGUAAAAGGGAAAAUACAGCAGACCUUAACCUUACUAAGAGGGCAACUCCGACGUCCUGGCGAGAUUGGCACUCUGGGGGUUGCAGCAGGUAGGUUAGGACCACACAAUACGGGCCCAUAAGGCAUUGCAAUUGUACCGGUUUGAUGUGAUAAUAUCCACCAGCGGGUCCCAUCGAAACACCAAUACCGGUAUCGCAUUCUCAAAUCUAUGUCGCUGGAUAAUCGGAUAAGGCGGUCAAGGGCAAUCAAACUGUAUUUCUGCGUGCUGAUUACCACUGUGGCGCGGCCGUUGGUUCUAAACCAUCGCUCACAAAUUCUAUAUUCUCAAGAUCCGCUGGAGAGAAACAUUCCACUCGCCUCCUGGGUUAGUCGACUGGGGUGUAUGGCAUCAUACUUGAGAGUGAUACGGCUGGUUCUUGGCACUCCACAUUCAAGGUCUCUCCGGUGGAGGAGAAAAAAAGGGCCCCAGCAUCUCGGUCUGUCACUCACAACCCCGAUGGUCCCUUAACGAGAUCACCCUCAAAUGUCACAGUGCCUCCCUUGCCGCAUCUGUCCGCACAACAGAAAGCCCAUACGAAUUCCUUCAUUUCUUGCACCUGCCGCGCCAAUUGACAAGGCUACAACUGUUAUUCCCAGACGGCAUUUCUCAGCUCGGGGUAAACGUGACCUCCAAUAAUUAUUAUUAACGUUCGGUUCGGACUAAUUGGGGAUUACACUUGCUAACUCGUGACUUCUAGAAUCCGCCAUCUUCGUUCCCCCGUCCGGCCGAGCAAAUUGUUUUUUGAGGGCGAAUUCACGGAAACAGCACCGACCACGGAUCGACGCUGGACCGGGUCUACGGGGAUUCGGCAUUGGGCUGUUCAGGCGGAACAGUUCGGAGACGGAUAAACUGAAGGAAUUAAAGUCUUGGAGCAGCGGGCAAGCGGACCAAAGACUUCGAUGGCGUCUUAUGUCUUCGAUAUCCCGGCUCCUCCACAACCACAGCCAGGAGCAACCGCAGAAGUUUCUGAGACUUGCCGCUGCCGAAGGAAGGGGCGUAGAGGCGAUAGAGAGGGUGUGGGGAAAGCUGUCGCAGGGUGACCAACUCAACUUUUUCACCAGUAUUGGGACCUUCCUUGAGGAGCACUCGUACUGGAACAUGUUGCAUAGACUUAUGCAGUGGUAUUGCACGGGGACUCGUCCGCCUGGGGAUCAAUUUAAGAUUUGUGAUUACUUCAAUGCUAUUGUUGCAGCCAAGAUACCCACGCAGAGGGCGGGGGAAGACAUGGUGGUAUCCCGGGAUGAACGCAGGAGGAGGGCAGAUAGGCUUAUUACCAUGCUGCGCUGCAUAAUUUGCGGGAGUAAUUUUAAAGGCAGGUCUUAUAUUGCGCAAAGGGUCCUGCACAAGCUUAUCGUCAAUGCCUCCCUCGACGCGCUUGUGGGGCUUUAUGGAGAGUUGCGGAAGGCGCAGCACCUGGUAGGCAGAUACACGACUCUGCACUUUAUCAGUCGCCUAUCCGAUCUUCAAACUUGGGACGAGGCCUUUUCGAUUCUGAAAACCUUUGAGCUCGGCGAAGGUUUGGAUCUGAUGGCUGCGAAGGCCUGGCAUGUUUUCUUAAAGAUGUUCUACCAGGCAACGUACAUUGGCCGAGAGGAGUCCAACGGGGUCAUUCGGAAGAUGCUGGCAUGUAAUAUCGUCCCCACCACCGAGACGUACAAUAUCUUAAUGAGCAAGGCUGUCCGCGAGGGUAAUGAAGAUACAUUGAAGGAAGCGUUCCAGGAGAUGCUCCAGGCCGGCCUCAGUCCUACCAUGGUCACAUAUGGAAUAUUGCACAAGCAUUACAAGUUGGUCGGGAAGCGGGAGGAGCAGGUUAUGGUCAUCCGAGACGCAAUGAUGUUGGACAAGAGACUGAACGUGAUACUGGCCUCCGACAUCCUACACGCCAAGGUUCUUGCCAGCUCUUCCUACAUGGAAGUCUACACGCAGUUCACCAGGUUGUUCAGGCCGGGUGCAUUAGCGGCGCUUGGCCUCACUUCCGCAACGAGGUACCCGGUGCUAGAGAAACUGGGGCCGGACCACUACACAAUAGCCAUCAUGAUGCAUGCCUUCUGUCGGGAGGAUAGGGGCCUACGGGUAGCAUGGAGGAUGUACCGCGAGUACCAGAGAGUGCUGAGAGAGAUCACAAACCCUUAUAGAGCGGUGCUCGUUAAAGCUGGCAGUUUCAUCCCGAAUUCUUUCAUGAUGGCACUCGGAGCCCAUCAAGCGGGGUUACACUAUGCCGCCAGAGUGAUGGAGGAGAUGCUGCAAGAGCGAUCUCCAAUCAAACCGGGGGUAGUCUCGUGGUCGAUACUGCUACAGAUCUUGGUGAAGCGGGGGGAUAUGGCCGAAGCGGAGCGGGUCAUUGACCUGAUGAGGUCCAAGGGGGUGCAGCCGAACGCGGUCACCUGGACCACGCUGCUGAAUGGGUACAUGACUAGGCAUAAUCUCCACAAGACGGGCCAGAUAAUUGCGCGGAUGUCGCAGAUGUAUUUGCAACCGGAUCGGGCUACGAUCGAUAAGCUGACGGCGUACCUGAAUUCCCAGGAGUUGCUUGGUGGGAUAAGGUCUAUCGAGAAGCCAGAAGAGACACAGCAGGAGGGAUGAGGGGAUUAGAUUUGUAGAUUUUUUUUUGUAUUGUAUUGUAUUGGGCUAUACACUUGUAUAGUGACUGCUCUUAUAGACCAGAUUCUCAAUCUUU